CUCUACUGCCCCUCGCCCCAUGCCCCUCGGUGUAUUGCGAUGGGAUGACUCUUUCCACUCCCCCAUCCGUGCCCGUGAGCCCGUUGCCCGAGGUUGACGAUCAAGUUUCGAUAUCGAGAUAGGGAUUUCGGACGACCAUCUCGACGAGUAUAUAGUCGGGUCAGGUUGAUCGUCAACAAUUGACAUCCUCCUUUGACUCUUCCUCAGAACAUCGCCACAUCUCAUUCCGACUUCCUACAACCAACAUUACAUCCUUCAUCACAAGGCGAGAUCACAUCAAGGCGAUACAACAAUUCGCCCAUCACCACAUCACCACGAACCAUCCUUUCGCAACCCUACCUUAGCAAUGUCCACCUCGUUCGACCCUUACAUGGGAGGUUGUUCCCCGGGCAACUCGUCUUGCAACUACGUACCCGGAUCCAUCAACCCCUUUGAAGGGGACGUCGAGUACGAUUUCUACGGGUACAACAUCCAGCUGUAUACCGCUGCCAUCUUUGUAGCCUUCUUCGGGUUGACGACUCUCGCCCACCUAGUCCUAGGCCUGAUCUCCCGCCAACCCUGGACGCUCCUGACCUUCUUCCUCGGAACCCUAGGAGAACUCAUCGGCUGGUCCGCCCGUCUGAUCGCCUCGAAAUCCGUCGAAUGGGACCCUUCCGAGGGCGGGGUGUGGAGGAGCAACAGGACGGCGUUCAUGGCCCAGAUCGCCGUCUUGAUCUUUUCGCCGGCGUUCUUGCAGGCGGGUUGUUAUAUCGCGUUGGGGAGGAUCAUUCCGGUCCUUGGCCCCCGAUACGCAUUCGUCCACCCCCUCUCAUACACCGUCCUCUUUGUCGUAGGUGACAUCGUAUCCCUCGUCGUCCAAGCCAUCGGAGGAGGAACAGCGGCGAGCGGGGAGACUCUGGAAGAGGCCAACCGUGGGGGUUACAUCAUGCUCGGCGGAGUCAUCUUCCAACUGGUCAUCAUGCUCGCCUUCAUGCUCGUCCUCGGCACCUUCGUCUGGAGGUUCCGGACCGACCGCCCGUGCGCGAAACAGGUCGAGCUGUUCAAGUGGUGGCCCCAGGCGUUGAGGACUCGAAAGUACAAGACCGCCUACGAUGAUCAGAAGAGGAUCGAUUCCGGGUUGGACUCGGGGAUCGUCUCGCCCCAAUCGACCAACACGAACGUAGGGGUCGACGCGGAGAAGGCGGUCGGGAAGACCAGGUGGGGUGGGCGGGGCAAGUCGUCCUCUAGGCUGGGGACAAAGACCAAGUUUGGGUCGGCUCAGGAAGGGGUCGAGUAUACGGAAAAGGAGAUCAGAGGAGCCAAGAUCUUGUUGGCGGCUUGUGUGGUGGCGACGUUCUUCAUCUUCAUCCGAUCGAUCUACCGAUCCAUCGAACUCUCCGAGGGAUGGAACGGCAAGAUCAUCGAGAACCAGACGCUGUUCAACUUGUUGGACGGCAUGUUGAUCCUGUUGGCGACGUUCACUUUCAUCUUUGUUCAUCCGGUCUGGGUCAUGCCGAGGUCGAAAGGCGGUGCGGCCGCAGCUACGGCUUGAGGCAGAGCUAUAGAUGAAAAGAGAUUCGAUACUGAAUACAGAAGGACAUAGAUAAUCACUGAUAGAGAAUACGAGCAACGAUACCCCCCAUGUAUAUAUAUGACUGCCUGUGAUUGUCCGAUACGAUCGAUACGAAGA